GAGUUUGAAGGAAAUUCCCCGCCACUGCUGAUUUGAAAUCGCCUGGCGGAAGUUGAAACUGACUCCCUCCCACGCCUAUACCUGGCGCUGCCGUGGACACGAGUUGGGUAGUUGAAGAAACGAACUGUAUACCCUGCGGAGAUUUCUAAAUACUGUAACGGCAAACGACAAUGGAACUUUGGAUUACAGUUCUUCUGUUACUGGGGAUCACUCUCUCUGGAUCUGAAACCGUCCUAAGCCCCCCAGAAGAACUUUAUUUUCUUUCUGUGAAUACUGAAAACAUCCUUCACUGGAAUCCAGCCCAGAAUAAUUCACAACAUGUUCGAUAUGAUGUGGAGUACUGCAGGUAUGGAUAUGGUGAAGAUUUUAUCCCAGUGUCAAACUGUACAGGAAUUUCCCACCAUUACUGUGAUCUCACUGAGGAGACCUGGAACCUCAGCAUUAGCUUUCAAGUUCGUGUCAGGAGUGUGAUCGGCAACACAACUUCGAAAUGGGAGAGAUCCAAUCGAUUUAAACCCUACGAUGCCACUGCUUUGGGAUUGCCAUCUUUUGACGUAAAAAUAGACCAUAACAAGAUUACCGUCAGAGUCUUCCCACCCACCCUGCACACAGCAAAAAGAAACAGGUCAAUGGAGGAUGUGUUCAAAGACUCAAUGAUGUAUUUCAUUUAUAUCCGUGGAAAUGGCAUCAACGAAUCUGCGGAACAUCGGAGUUCAAAAGAACCUUACAUAAAAACUGAAGAGUUACUGGGGAGUACCUACUGCAUCAAAGUUAGGGCAAAGCUAACUGGAGAUGAGAGGGAAAGCAAUAUUACAGAAGAGAAAUGUGUGGAAAUCCCAACUAAUCCAGAUGAAUUUCAAGUCGUGUCUUCUGUCAUUGGUACCGUUUUCAUUCUGAUAUUCAUCUGCUUCUGCCUGCGAUUGGUCUACCAUUACUACCUGAAGAAACAAAGAACAACACCAGCUGUUCUGAAAUCAUUUGAAAAGAACAAGAAGUUUUUGAACAUCAGGUAUUACUUGAGUUUGACAGAAGAUGUGGUGGUACAAAAGGUGUUUGCUGUUGACGCCCAUCCUGGUGUCACCAAGACUCUCGAACAGGAUGAGCCUUGGCUGGACCAAAAGAUCAAGGAAGCAUCUUCUGUGGAUAGUGGGAUUGAUAUUGGAAGCCAAUCAUCAGACCGGGUGGUAUUGCUCAGUGAGCCUCUGAACCGCUACAUGCAGCAGACGCCAGACUCCAGCAGCCUCCAGAGCACCAGCCCCGAGUGUGGGCAGAGCAGAUCGCAGCCCAUUGAUUUCAGCUCAGUAGACAUCCCGGAUACGACGGACGAGCCGGGGGAUAACACUGGAAGCAUAAAUAUUUCAGGGUAUCAGAGACAGAUGCCAAGGACUAACAUGGGUCAGGAACCAAUUGUAGAGGACUCUCUUCCCUGCUGCAUCUCAUUAUCAGAUAUUAGUGUAACAGAAGAGCUUACAAGAGGAUUCCUCAACUUGGAUGAUGUCAUGUUAAUGGAGAAUGAAUUUUAAACAAAAGAUGGUCAUAUCAAACAUUCCACAGGCAAUUAUAAUGUAUUUUAUAAUUUAAUUAUUUAUUAAACUAUUUCAGUUUCACCACCAUUGUAAUUGACUUCCUUUGUGGAAGUUUCUUAGUAAACAGUACAUUUCAGUGGAUGUGGCAGUAUAAGUUGAAGGCAGCUCAAUGAUGGUAGAAGUACAGUGGAUUCCCAUUAAUUGGGCCACACAUUGAAACCAAUACAUUUUGGUCUAAUUAAGUGUCUGCCUCAGUUAGCCAAAUUUUCAUGGAAAUAGUUUAAAAAAGACAAACUACUGUUUAAUUGAUAAUAAAUAUGUAUGUAUUUAAAUGAAAUAGAGAAAAAAUUCGAACACUAGCAAUAUUACUACAGUACUAUAAAACUGUGUAUUGGUUACAAAUAGUUAUUGAUGGAUCAAUUCAUCCAGUGUACACUGUUGUGUUCUUUUGAUUGACUAUAAAUGAACAAAAUCAGUGCAGACACCUAGUGUAGAUAAUGGACUGCCUUCAUUGCCUUCCUGCAUGAAGUAGUGUCAAAAAUCAUUGCUUUUUAAUUUGGCAUUGUUCGGCCCAAAUGAAUAACAGAACACAAGCAUACACAACAGGCACUAUUGAAAAACUGCCCGAUGUAAGCACGAUUUAGUGUUGUAAUGGCCACACAAGUACUGAUGACUGACGCUAUUUAGAAACAUCCUCCAAAAUCUCCAUUUUCAUUGUAACGUUCAAGAUGAUUGUUGAUGUCUUCAAAUUCUUCAUAGUUCCUAACUUGUUGAAGUAGUAAAAUCGUUUCAUUUUCA